AUGCAGUUAGACUUAUUGAAAACUAUAUAUUUACAGCAUCUCAUGAGAUUUUAAAAACUAUAUAAUUAGAAUAAAAAGCAUGAUUCAGCUACAAAAUAUUUUAAAGUUUAGCACAAGCUGGUGAAAAUUAAAUAGAUUUAGGAGGUAAUGCACUUAUAUAAAAGUAGAAUUAAUGUAAACAGCAAACUCAUCAUGAAUUGUACAAAAAGUAAUCGAAAUUUUCAUUGCUGUUUUACAACAUGCGAUAAGGAAGUAAGCUCAAAUUAAUACAGAUUCUUCAUUCAAAAAAUUCUCAAACUUUAGAUGUUUCUAUAAAAUUAAAUUCUAAUCUGGUUAAAUGAACCAAUUAAUGAGGCUGCUUUAACUUGGUGUCUAAUCCAUAUUUUGGAAGCAACAUUUCACUUCAUUUUAUAAAUUUAAGUAGCCCUUUACUUUAUUAUGCAGUUCUGCUCAACAACAAGGUAUAUGCUGAAGCAUAAAAGUGGUUAUUAUUUGAUAUAUAAACAGCUUAAUACAGAAACUAGUAUUUUCCUCUCUAUUUAAUUUUAUUGCAUGAAAUUAUUUUUAUAUUACAAGAUUUUUGAAUAGAUAUUUGUGUACAUUUCCGGAAGCCCCUUUAGACUGAUUCAAGAAUAAUGGUCCAAUAUCAGGCUUUCAUAAUAAUUACAUAAAUGGCAAAUGCAGAAGUGUAUAUAAAUCUGCUUGUAACUGGAGUAGGCGAAUAAAAAAGUAUUGUUAUUUGAGAAAUUAUGUAAAUGCUGCCCUUUUUAUUGGUAACACUCUUAGAAGUUUGUGAAUACAAGUAGCACUAGAAGAUUGUAUGCAUAUUAUGUAAAAGCACAUAAUGUUUUCAUAUAUGCAUCAUCAAAUGAAGCAGUUUUGUUGUUACGCUCAUCUCCCUCACAAGUUGUGGUGAUAAUUAUUAGCUAAAGAAUAUAUGAAAAAUAGCGAAUACUAUGUAGAAAGCUCUUCAACAUGGUAUUGUAUUGCAUACAUGAUAUGCAGACAUCUCCUUUCAAGACAGUUCCAAGUAUUACUGUUGCCACAAAGUCUCUAUCAUAAAAUCAUCUGGAGAGAUAUUAGAGCUUUAACCACAAUUUGAAAUGCUCUCAUAUGCAGAUUUUAUAUUUUAUUGGUUAAACAACUGUUUUAAGGUGGCUGGUUAGCAGAAACUCAACUGCCAAGCUCAACUUAUACUAUCGAGAUUAAAUCGGCACUACAAUACCAACCUGUGUGCUAGUGUCUUAAGUUUUUUUGUGA